AUGCUUCUCGACGAAGAUCCCGCUGCUCUCAUCGCGCAAUGUACAUCACACUUCAAAAUCGCCAAUGACAAGACCUCGCUCCACCGCAUAAACGAGUCUCUUAGUACACUCAGCGAAUUCCGCACCCAACACCUACGCUCCAUUCAGUCGUCUCUCAGCGCGCUGAACCGGACACACCAAACACUUUCCGCGAACCACAACCACACACUCAGCCAACACAACCCGACGAACCAUGCGGCGGAGAUCUUGAGGCUAGACACUGAGAAAUUCAAGAUUGCGAAGCAGGCGAGUGAUCUGGAGAUUGAGGGCGAGAGGCUGCAGAGUGACUUGGCAAGAUUAGGGGGUGUAGCUGGUGAAUUGGAAGAUGAGGGCGUAGAGGGCGGUGUCGAACCUAGGGCGGGUGAGGAUGCGACAGUAUUGAAGCUCAAGCUUUACCGCACCCUCGGAAUCGACGUCGAAGCCGACCCUACAACCGGCGAAUAUAACAAGGCUGUCAUUCGGAAUGCUACAAAGGGCGACGUGCACGUUGUGAACAUCGAUCCCAAGUUUUCACGACACUUCUACACGAACUACUUCUGGCGGACAAUUUCCGCGUUCUCAGACUUCGAAUCUCAUACCGAGUAUGGCCAAAAAGAGGCCACAUGGCAGAUGCUUCGACGCACACACGCUGUUACAGCAAUCAGUUCUGCUCUGUCAGAUUCCGAAUCAUACGACGAAGAGAGCGAAGAAUCCGAAAGCGAGGACAUAUCGGAGAAGCUACGACGCACGUAUACUGAUUAUCGAAAAGCUCAUCCCGCGGGUGACUUGUGCCAGCGUUGUGCUGGCAUAAAUUGGUCACAUCUUCUUUUUGACAGCGCUAUACAGUUCUGCGAAAGAUAUGCCCCUUUGGAACUGUUCCCCCUAUCCGAGACAAUUCCGGAACUCUCCGCGUCCUCAUGUUCGCUGUGUCGGCUGCUAGGCUCUGCGAAGGAGUUUCAGGAAGACUCUAGUCAAGCUCUUGUAGUGUAUUGCGCUUGCAAGGCUGAGACGGUAGUGUCACACAUGAGCCAUAUCUUCGACUAUGAGCAAGGCCGCGAUGACGUACCGCAGCAUUCUCUGUUUCUCAGGUUGAGAACAGACACUUCGCUGGGCGAAUCAUUGGAUAUUGGUGGUUUUGCGAUUCAGGAUAUGCGCAAUACUGCCGAACACUCUCUGGUCCGCAAGCUCAACAUAAGAAGCAUUGAUUAUAGUAUUCUUCAAGGUUGGCUGGACUAUUGUAAGUGUCAUCAUGCUACUAACUGUAACCGUCCCUACAAGCCACCCAUCCCUGGCCUCAAAGUGAUUGACUGCAACACUAAACAGAUCGUUGCUGCACCAUUGGUCACCCCUUUUCAUUUCGUGGCCUUGUCAUAUGUAUGGGGCAGCCCAGAGGCUCCUGAAAAUCAUCAGCCCGGCUUCCCAGAGACGAUAUGCGAUGCUAUCACCGUCACAGUAGAACUGGGAUACAAGUAUCUAUGGGUUGACCAGUUUUGUAUCGACCAGCUAGACGCGAGUCAUAAGCAAGCUCAGAUACAGCUCAUGGGCCGCAUCUAUGCCGAAUCACAGCUGGUCAUCGUUGCUGCAGCGGGCAGUUCGUCCAAUCAUGGACUACCGGGAGUUGGUCGCAAACCUCGCAAAGCACAGAAGAGUCUCCAGAUAGACACUGGUGUAGAGCUUAUCGAGAGGUUCGUUCCUAGAGAAGCUUUGAACGGCAGUACGUGGGCGUCGAGAGGCUGGACACAUCAGGAGGGCUAUCUGGCACCACGUAGGAUGAUCUUUACAGAACAUCAAGUCUUCUACGUGUGUGGCCGAGCGUUAUGGCAGGAGUCUGUGCAGCAGUCUACUUUGGACUACGAGGGUCUUUACCUACGAGUCCGUCAACCACAUGUCCGACGAAGUCGAUACAGCUCCGACAAUGUUUUUGAUGUCUUGAGCAACUACUCGACCAGAAAGCUGUCUUUUGAAAGCGACAUCCUCAACGCCUGUGUCGGGUUGCUGAACAAGUUCGUCGACUGCCACUAUUGGGGCAUGCCAGUUCAGUACGAGGUAUCUGGAUGGCCUUACGCGCCUGAAUCACGACCCGUACUCUCACUGAGCUGGCACAGCAGAUAUCCAGGGCAAAGAAGAGAAGGCUUUCCUAGCUGGUCGUGGGUGGCAACAACUGGUCCAAAGAGCAUCCGCUAUCAGCGGUCCAAUGAUCUAGGUUACGACGCACACAUUCGUGCAGCUGAUGGAGGCUGGAGAUCACUAGAUGAGCAGUACGAGAGUCGAUACGACAUGUUACCGGCGGACUACGGUCCUACUUUACGCCUUACAGGUAGAUUCUAUACGGCCUCCUUGGUCAUGAACCAAAAGUCUAGCGGACGCAAUAUUCACGAAAAACAGUCAAAAUGGACGCCAUUGGUCGUUCUACAGCAUGCCGAUACGGAUGGUGACGAUAUACAGAUCGCUUUCCAGUUGUGGCUCGAUACUAACCUUACAAACUCUAACUUGAAGAAUGCUAUUAAAGCAGUACCAGCAGUCCUACACCAUACACCACGUUGGGAUACCAUAAAGAGACGGUAUGAAUUUGUCGACGACGAGAAAUGGGAUUAUGAUCGUCCUCCCAUUUUCCUGAUCUUCCAAGCUGUAGGAGACCAUUACAGGAGGAUCGGCCUCACACACGAUAGCUGUUAUAUCCUAGAAACGAAUACAGGAUUGAUGAGAAGAGAUUCCGAUGGCGUUGCGGUACCACAUGCAACCUGCAGAGGCGAUGAGGAGGUUAUCUACAUUGAGUGA